AUUACUAUAUAUAUAUAUUAGUGUGGAGUGGGAAAAAAACAACCACAAACCCACGACACUAUAAGGUUAACAUCCUCUUAUCUGUGGUAAAAGAUCCUCCAAUAGUUUUAUAAAGAUAAGUAUAUUUAAACUAUACAAAAUGAAUAAUAAUGGAUCAAAGAAAUUUUCAUCCUAUUAUAGUUUGCAAUUUGAAAAAGAGCGUUUAGAUACUUUUAUAGAUUGGCCUAUAAAAUGGUUAAACCCAAGUGAUUUAGCACGUGAUGGAUUUUACUAUCUUAGAAAAGAUGAUCAUUGUGCUUGUGUUUUUUGUCGAGGUAUUGUAGGAGUGUGGGAAGAAGGUGAUACACCUAGAAGAGAGCAUGAAAAACAUUUUCCAAGAUGUCCAUUUAUAAGGGGAAUGCCAGUUGGAAAUAUUCCAAUUAAAUAUGAUAAAAUAUUUGAUUUCCUAUCAUCUAUUCCUAAAUUGCAAAAUAGAAAGAUAAUGGAAAUAGAUGUCUGUGGUACACAUUGCAGUAAGUAUUAUUAUGGAUCUGUAAAGCAUACAUUGUGUUUACCUCAACAUAGUGGUCCUAAGCGAACAGACUAUUUAACAUAUGAGAAUAGAAUAAAAAGUUUUGCUAGAUGGCCAAAUGGUGUUAAACAAAAACCUGAAGAAUUGGCAGAAGCAGGAUUCUUUUACUGUGAUCUAAGUGAUCAUGUGCGAUGUUUCCAUUGUGGAAAUGGAAUACGUAAUUGGAAAUCUAAUGGUCUGCCCUGGAUUGAACAUGCACGCUGGUAUCCAGAGUGUAACUUCUUGCUUUUGACAAAAGGACAAGAUUUCAUUGAUAAGGUAGAAAAGUUUAUACUAAUUGAAAGGAUACGAGAAAUCUAUGCUGCCCGAUUGAACAUGCACGCUGGUAUCCAGAGUGUAACAUCUGCUUUGACAAAAGGACAAGAUUUCAUUGAUAAGGUUCAACAAGAAAGAAAAUCUCCUGUAGCUCCUAGUAAUGAUUUGUCUGUAUCAGCAGUUAAAAAUGUAUUAGUGAAAUUGAUUAAAUACUCUAAAUGGAAAGAAGAAUUACGACAAACUAACGAUGAUGAGCUUAUAGAUGAAGCUCUUCUACAAACUGAUGAUGAACUACUACAAACUAUUACUACUAUUGUUGAUAUAGAUGAAGAAAUACAAACUGAUGAGAGUACUACUACUACUGCUGCUAAUCAGCAUAUUGAUAUAGAUGAAGAACUACAAACUGAUGAGAGUACUACUACUACUGCUGCUAAUCAGCAUAUUGAUAUAGAUGAAGAACUACAAACUGAUGAGAGUACUACUACUGCUGCUAAUCAAACUACCAAAAUCUUGUAUUUAUAUUUUUAUUUUAACUACUUUAAUUUUGUUGAUUAUAUUGUUUUAAUUUAUUUGUUAAAUUUAAUUUUUUUAUUAAUUCAGUAUUUUUAUUUUUCAGAUCAAGAACUUGUAACAGAAGAUGAAGAAAAUUGUAAAAUUUGUAUGGAUUCAGAGAGAGAGAUAGUAUUUUUACCAUGUAAACACAUGGUUUCAUGUUCUUCAUGUUCUGCAGCAUUGGAAAAAUGUCCAAUUUGUAGAAAACUAAUACAAUGUACAAUAAAACCAAUUAAGUCUUGA